UGGAGGAAGGGCCGUCACUUGGCCGCGCGGCUGGGGUGGGAGGAAGAGGGCCCCAUUCCAGGGUGAAGCUGAGGCAGCGGAGGUACGGGUAGCGCUUCGGUCCGUGAGUGCGAGCGACCCUCGGCGGCAGUUUGGACGCUCUCUCCGUCUCUCUGCAGUGAAUGGCGGCGGGAUGGAGCAUGAGGGGAGCGGCGGCAGCGGGGGGUCGGCCGGGCUCCUACAGCAGAUCCUCAGUCUGAAGCUUGUGCCACGGGUGGGCAACGGGACCCUGUGCCCCAACUCCACUUCUCUCUGCUCCUUCCCAGAGAUGUGGUAUGGUGUGUUCCUGUGGGCACUGGUGUCUUCUCUCUCCUUCCAUGUCCCUGCGGGAUUACUGGCCCUCUUCACCCUCAGACAUCACAAAUAUGGUAGGUUCAUGUCUGUAAGCAUCCUGUUGAUGGGCAUCGUGGGACCAAUUACUGCUGGAAUCUUGACAAGUGCUGCCAUUGCUGGAGUGUACCGAGCAGCAGGAAAGGAAAUGAUACCAUUUGAAGCCCUCACCUUGGGCACUGGGCAGACAUUUUGUGUAGUGGUGGUCUCCUUCUUACGGAUUUUAGCUACUCUGUAGCAUAUAUCCUUAGGCCAUGAUGCCACACCUAAGUUUGAGAGCCUCCUCACAGCAAGAAUACAUUAUGGAAUGUAGUGUUUUCUUAAUUCUUCAAAUGGAGGAAACUUGGAUUAAGAAGUAUGUGAAAAAUGAAACAUCUCAGCCCUUUCUUCAGUUGGAAGUUCCAGGAAUUGAAGAUCUUUCUGGACUCCUUAUUGUUCUCAACCAAAACAAAUUAAGUUUCUUAGGGCCUUUGUUUUUUUUUAAAUUAAUUGAAGCCGUUUUACAGGUGCACCUUUACCCACCUAGGUCAUCAGUGCUUCUGGGCUAAUCCUUCACACUGAAAUGUACAAUAUUCUGUGAAAAAAUGCAGUGUCGCCUAUGUUAGAGAAACUAUGAAAAAUAGUUUCUCUUUCUGAGCAUACUAUACUAAAAUCUUAUCUAAUCUAACUUGAUUAAAAUCUGGCAGACUCUUCUUUUACUGCAUCUUCAUGACAAUAAGUGCCAAGUAAGUUUUGGUUGAGUAGAGCUUUGAGAACAAAUCUGUUGACAUGUAACAGGAAAAAAAAAAUCCUGCAAUAGAAGUAGUGGCUUCUGUUCCACUGC